UUUCAUCUGGGUCGUACGUAUCACAAUCAGGACGAGAUGAUGUAUUUUUGAGGAAAAGGAAUACUACUUACAAGAACAGUGACCACAGUUUCCCGGGCGACCUUAUUUACACCGAAGACAGUGCGGAAGAUCCCUAGCCCACACGACUUCUACUUUGUGCGACGCCUCUAGCUUCUUGACGUUUUUUUACUGUUAGAAUUUUUACCACCUCCAAUUCGACGGACGUACCAGAGGAACAAUAGCAAGCAGAAAAUGACGCCCCGCCGUUCGUUCGUCUUGCUAAGGCCACUGAAUAGGUGAAAUAACCUAUUACAAUGAAAAAUGCCCCCACCCCCGAACUUGAAAGCAUUUGUAUUGCAAAUCUUUCCAAAUGAAACAUUCGCCCUCUUGCGUGUAUCAGCAUCACAGAUUUCCGAUCGUGAAUAGCAAAAAUUUGUAUUGCAAAAGAUCCCAGCAAGAGCGGUGCUUGUCAUGCAAGCGAUGCGAAACACGACUAGAAUCUGCAUCAGAAAGAUUCUUACUCCUUUCAUGCAUGACAAAAAGCUUUCAUUUGGAAACUUCGCAUCACAAAUUGUUGCAAUUUCAGGGGUGGGGGGCAUUUUUCACUGUGAUAUAACCCACGAAACCUAACUGAGUCCUCAUGGACUUGGUUUUUAUCUCCCGCGCAGCCGACGGGCUGGUGCUGGUCGAGACAUGGGAGUCAUCAUCGAUGACCCAAGCUUCACAGUAUUGAAGAGUCGUUUUGAAGAUUUUUGGCAUGCCGUUUUGUAUGCAUAGUGACCAAAUAAAUCCGGUCUAUUUUCUGUUGUUGUAUGUAUCGCAUGACACAUAAGAAGCCACAUUGUAACUUUAUCAGGUUGAAGCAGCAAGCGAAGGCGUUGAUGAAAAAGGUCGCUCACGGGCCAGACCGAUGUACCGUCGACGUUCUCGGUGGCUACCAGUUUCACUACAGAAUAGACGACGGCGUCUGCAUCAUGGUGCUGAGCGGGGCGGUAUUGAACUUUUUUUCGACCAAAAAGCGCGGUUUUGAUUCUGAUUAUGCAUGACAAUGUCAGGCACAGGCAGAUAUAAAAUUUGUAUUGCAAGAGCAAGAAAUGAAACAGAAACUAUCAUCACUCUCAGGACUAUCCGAAGAAGCUCGCGUUUGCAUUCCUCGAGGAAAUAUAUCGUUUGUUUCUGGAAGAGUUGAAGCGCGAAUUCGGCACCGGUGCAGUGGAUUACCGCAGUAGAAUCGAGUGCAUAGACAAACCUUACUACUUCAUAAAGUUCGAGAGGAUAAUUCAGAAAAAGCAGCGCGAGUUCCGGGACCCGAAAUCCAAUUCGAGUUUGCAGAAGCUCAGCGAGAGUUUGGUGGAGGUAUAGUAGAAAUUUUUGGUAUUCUCAUUCUCUGACGGUGACGAAGACUAUGACUAAUGUCAUGCAUAUUUAUGAAACAGCAUGUGUACUACCCUGUGCACCAGGUGUGCGUGCUAAGUAGAUCUAAAAAAAUGCAACACUUCAUCCACCAACUUCUUCAGGUUCAAUCCGUGAUGCGGCGCAACCUCGACGACUUGAUAGAAAAGGGCACGAAACUUGAGGAGGUUGGCGCCAAGGCCUCCUCGCUGCGUGACCACUCGAAAAAUUUCAAGGACAACGCAAAAAUGCUCUCCCUGCAGGCACUUUUCCGGCAGUAUGCGGUGCUGGGCGGCAUUGUGUUUUUCAUACUUUUCAUCAUAUGGUGGAAGCUGAUUUAGCCCCUACCCAAAGCAUUCAAUCCCAAAAUCUCAAUCAUAGCGACAUAGUAGAAAACUUACUACCCAAGAAUUAAUAUUUCGCGACAACCAACAGCAAAGAAACCGAGUUUUUGAAAAAAUGUAAAUCAAAAGAAAAGAGACACGCAACUACAUGAUA